AUGGCAUUGAAAAGUGUUUGGUCAAAACAUGAGAUUGAUGAAUUUGCUCUAAGAUUGAGAGAUCUCAGAAAAGAACUCGACACUGAGUUGCUUCUGCUAUUGCGAGAUGGUUCGGAUUCAAUGUCAUCUGCAGCAGAGAAUCAUUUCCAAAAAUUGGACGAUAAUACCAAGAAAGUUUUGAAUGAGGUCCUCAAGAUGCAAUCCUCAGAUCAGGACUUCCUUCGUCGUUUUGAACGACUGAGUCUUUCUCAGCAAUUGGAGUUUCAAAAACUUGGUCUAUUGACCGCUAAGCAGAGUUAUAGCUUUGAAUCUUUAAAUAAAGACACCAAGAAUAUCAUCGACUUGUUACUUAAAUCAAGAGUCUACUGCAACGAGAACUUGGUCUUAUCUCGACAAUUAGUGGAACAGAACCGCCAGGCUGGCUUUGAGCUAGUGGAGCGUGAUAAUAGACAGCGAGUUCGACGGGCUCAAAAGGUCCGACUCGCUAUCUUAGAGUCCCUUCGAUUUUCAGACAUGAAUCAUCGACCAGAUAUGACAGCUACUCCAUAUCAAAGCAGCUUUGAGUGGAUCUUCAGAGAUCCCACUGUUCACCAAAAACCAUGGAGCAAUUUCGCAACUUGGCUCUCUGAAAGUUCGGGCAUCUAUUGGAUACAUGGUAAACCAGCAAGUGGAAAGUCGACUUUAAUGCGUUACAUAUAUGAGCACCCGGAAACCGCAAUCUUGUCGAAGAAAUGGGCAGGAUCCUCCAAAAUAAUAAUGAGUGCAUUUUAUUUUUGGAUAAGUGGGACAGAAAGACAACGAUCUCACAUCGGACUCCUACGAACACUUCUAUAUGGUCUUCUCCGACAACACCAGGAUCUCAUUCUAGAGAUAUUUCACGAGGAAUGGGUGCGAAUGUGCGACUUAGAAACACAUGAUCUACAAUUUCAAAUUGAUGAAUGGUCUCUUGGCCGCUUACAGCAAGCGUUCAAAAGCCUUGUCAGCAUGUCCAGCCCUUCACUCAAAGUCUGCAUCUUUGUGGAUGGCUUAGACGAGUACGAAGGAGCUCAUGGUGAUAUGGCAGAGUACUCAUUCGACCUCGCCAACGAAUCCCCCUUCACGAAGUUUUGCUUUUCGAGCAGGCCAUUACCGGACUUCUCGUCAGUGUUUCAAGAUGCAUGCGCAUUAAAGCUAGAAGAUCUCACUCGUGAUGACAUUAAGAACUAUGUCGUUGCUAAGUUGGAGCAAAAUCAACAGAUGCGAAAGUUCAUAAGUGAUGAUUUGGAUACAACAAGUUGGCUAAUUGAAGAAAUCAUUCACCGAGCACAAGGUGUCUUUCUCUGGGUUAUUCUCGUCGUCAAAUCGCUCAUCCAUGGGUUCCGGUGUGGAGAUGGUGCGAUUGAACUUCGGAAACGACUUGAAAGCCUGCCAGUAGAUCUUGAGAAUUUAUUCUCUCAUAUCAUCCAAAAGAUAGAACCGGAGUUUCGUGAAGAUGCAUCGAAGAUUUUUCAAAUAUUUAGAGCAAGUGGCAAUGAUUUGGACGCGAUCACUCUACAUAAUGCGUUACAAUUCACCUCACACCAUCCCAUAAUAGCUAUGGAGGCUGCAACAGAAAGUGAGUCCAUGGACGAAAGGCUCGUGAAAACGAAUAAAACAAGGCUGCGCCUUGCCAGUAGAUGCCGUGGACUCAUUGAGAUAGCGGACCAGCAUGACGGCGAAAUGAUAACACGCAAUAUUUCAAAUGAUAUGUUAAAGAGUGAUGUGGGAGACAACAAACAGAAAUUCGACGCAUACGAUUCCGACGUAAAUAUUGUUGAGGAGUUUAGGAAACACAUCCAAAUUUCGGCAACAAACUUUUUCCCAGCUCCUGGCGGAACUUUGGCAAGCAAACCAAGAGCAGCGAGGCAGCUGGCGAGGGGAAUAAAAGACCCAAGGAUAGAUGUUGCCGGUGAUCUGAUUUCUGGAUUAACAAGGACAGACCUAACUAUGCAGGUACCAUGGUGGUUAGAAUCGAGAAGACGGAAUACAAUGGGAUAUUUCUUUGGUACAAGACGCAGAAAGGCUCUAAGUACACCAUCUAUUGAUGAGAUGCCGAAGCUGCUUGGUUCCAUUAGAAGUGGCGUCUGUCGAGACUUCGUUGAGACAUAUGCUAGGGCGAGAUGCUACAUGCGGAAAAUUAGAUAUCGCGUUGAUGUGGAGCAUUUCGAAGAGGAAUUCAAAGCUAAGACGAUAACAUUGGAAGACAUUAUACGUCCCUAUGCACUAUGGCUGCAUGUGCAAUGGGGAGGAGAUAUCUCAGGCUGGUACCAUACUAUCCGCACCGAAGAGCUCUCUUCGGCACAAGUAAGGAUAGUAUAUCUCCACCGCACAGCGAGGGAUUUCUUAGAACAAUCUAGAAACUGGGACGAGAUCAAAAAAGAUACAAUCGAUACUUCCUUCAACCCUGAACUUUCAUUAUUGAUGGCCCAUGUUACUGAUAUCAAGCUCAAUCCUAAAGAUUGUAUCUACACAAGUGGAGUCAAAUUUUUGAGUAAGCUUCGUCAAUUCCCUUGGCAAAAUUCCAAGGUUGUGGACGAGGCUCUCGAACUGAUACAAGAAGCUGACAGAGUUUUGAGCAUGCGGGUAGACCAAGAAGAAGGCUUCAGACACUGGUCACAAAAAGAUCCAAAAUGGGCAGGGAAAAGCCGACCUGACUGGGGCGAUGAUCUUGAUUCUAUUGCUGUCAAAUCUGGUCUCAUAUCGCUUCUCAAAGCUCGACAAAGCUUGGCAUCCGCCGCGCGUCAUGCAAGUCAAUCUCAAUUACCUUUACCAUACAUAUCAGUCAAAACUCGGCCAGGGAUGCCUCUUUUAGCUUACGCAAUGUCUAUGGAUCAAUGGGCAGUUGGUAAUCUGAUUCCCAAUAUUGUCGUGCUUGAGGAGCUACUCAUUAAUGGCGCUGACCCGAAUGAGCAUGUCAAUAGCUUUCAUACAAUCUGGGAGUAUGUCAUUUAUCUGGUUCACGUUCUUGUGUCUAAGAGCAAUUCGGAGAUCUCACCACUCUCCACGAAAUGGGUUGAAGUUUUUGUACUGAUGCUUAAGCACGGCGCCGACCCGUAUGCUUGUUGUAUGAAGAGCCCUGAUGAGUUCGCUAGAUUUAUUGGAGGGUUAUCAAAUACGAUGUUGAAUCUACCCGGAUCGAUAGCGGAGCAUGAUCAAAGGGGGUUUUCUUUCGGCCACCCUAUGAAGAGGGGUUACGACGAUGAAGUGUGGGAUGAAAACGAUACAUACCCAUAUCAUCAUUGCGUAACUGCCGUUGUAAAGGAUGCAUUCGAGUCUGGAAAUAUCCCGGGACACCAGGAUCUUCAAGAAAUCAUAAGAAUCCAAAAGGAAAAGGAAAAAAGACCGCGAAAAAGAGUUAAACGUAAAGCCAGAAAUGGCAGGGGUGGCAGGAUCCCAGAUUGGGCAUCCUGA